UAGAGAUAUAUGUGAUAGCAAUAUAUUGUCAUAUAUUUUGCAUAUAUGACAAUGUCACUUGCGAUAUAGGGACAUAUAUGUCAUAUAUUACAUUUCCGUAUGGGACCCGUUAUCGACCCGUUGCUGCCUGUCCUGAUCCUUGCCUUGUCUGUUGUUCUGUGUAUGGUAUCUGCCUGCCUUGAUAUACUGCCUGUAUCCUGACUACGACUACGAAAACCAGUGUUCCUCAUGUAUGGAGCAGAAACAACACAACCUCAGGGUCUGUUUUCAAGUCUUCCCGCUUAUGUCUCUCCAGCAUUGGAGAGCUUUUUCUAAUAUUAAUGUGGAUCCUAAAGCUCUUACCUGAUCAUUACCCUUCUUUUUCCAGCGAUAUUCCUCUGAGCUUUUUUCUUCUGUACUGUCUCUCAGCCAUCUCUCUUCAAAUCUCUCUUGCUCGCUCUCUCUCCUCAAUGAUCAAAGGUGUAUUCACUUUUAUUGCACUACUUUGGGGCUUGUGUUUUCAAUAUAGUCUUGCUAAGAGUUUUUUUUAUUAUUAUUGUUUUAUAAUAGGAAAUAAUCUACCUGUCAAUUUAGAAAUGAUUUAAUUAUUGAUAGGUGAUAGAAUGUUUAAUCAUUUGACGUUUUAGUGACAUCGGACAGGGUUCUUCUCAGUUCUUUUGUAUACUGUUUUUGUAUAAUGUACAAACAAUUAUUUCCUUUUCCUUUAAUCAGAUGGAAAAUAGCCAGUCAGCUGUUGACAACAAUCAGAAAAUGGCAAUAGAAAGCACAAAAAGCAAAGAUGUUGCACAUAAUAUAAAGGACAACUGGAGCAGAAAAAUAUACAAUGGAAGCAAUGAAAACCUGCCCAUAUUUAAACUCAAACUGUCUGAAACAUGGAAGAACAGAGAUGGAUUCUGCAGAAGAAGCACAUUUGGGACAGAAAACAUCAAGAAACAGAACAAGACCAUCAUGAUGAUCGGAGCCACAGGUUCAGGAAAAACCACUCUAAUUAACAGCAUGAUCAACUACAUUCUGGGAGUGAAAUGGGAAGAUGACUUCCGGUUUGUGCUGAUAGAUGAAGGGAAGCAGAAAUCUCAGGCUGAAAGUCAAACUUCAGAGAUCACAGCUUAUCAAAUCAAUCACAUGGAUGGAUUCAAGGUUCCACAUUCUCUGACCAUAGUGGACACACCAGGAUUCGGUGAUACCAGAGGAAUCUCACAUGACCAGAAGAUCACAAAGAUGAUUCAGGAGUUCUUCUCUAAUCCAGGAGGGAUCGACCGCAUUGAUGCCGUGUGUUUUGUAGUCCAGGCUUCACUUGCCCGUCUGACGCACACACAGAAAUAUGUCUUUGACUCCAUUCUUUCCAUAUUUGGGAAGGAUAUUGCUGAAAACAUCCUUAUGAUGGUCACUUUUGCAGAUGGGAAAACACCUGCUGUUCUCGAGGCCAUCAAAGUCUCUGGGGUGUCUUGUGCUAAAAAUAAGUCUGGAGAGCCUCUUCACUUCAAGUUCAACAACUCUGCUGUGUUUGCUAACAAUAAAUCCACAGAAAAUGAGACACCUGACUGUAAUCAAUCUGCAGAGGAUGAGGACUGCGGAAACUUUGACCAAAUGUUCUGGAAGAUGGGAUUUUCUAGCAUGAAUAGAUUCUUCACAUUCCUUAACAAGAUGGAAACCAAGAGCUUGACUCUGACACGGGAGGUCCUGAAAGAGCGACAGCAGCUGGAAGUGCUUGUGGAAGGCAUCCGGCCCCAAAUCAAUGCUGGUCUGACAAAACUGGAUGAAAUCAGGAAGACAAGAGCUACUCUGGAGCAGCACAAGGCUGAGAUGGAUGCAAACAAGGAUUUUGAAUAUGAAGUAGAAGUAACUGUCCCAAAACAGACCUUAAACAACACUGGCUCCUACUUAUCCAACUGCCACAAGUGUAACUUCACAUGUCAUGACACAUGCAGAAUUGCAGAUGACAGUGAAAGAUAUAACUGCUGGGCCAUGAAAGAUGGAAAGUGUACAGUCUGUCCUGGAAAGUGUCACUGGAAUGUGCACUUUAAUCAGAAAUACAAAUGGGAUUAUGUCCCAGAAAAGAGAAAGCAAACCUAUGAGGAUUUAAAAAAGAGAUAUAAGGAUGCACAUGGACAGGUCAUGUCAAAAGAAAAGAUCUUUGAAGAACUUGAAAAGGAGCUUGAGGAAGUCCUGAAUACUGUGGCUGGACUAAUUGAAAGAUCUAAAAAGUCUUUGGAGCGACUGCAGGAAAUCGCCCUCAAGUCCAAUCCUCUGUCCACCCCUGACUACAUCGAUCUGAUGAUUAAAUCUGAGGAACAAGAAGCCAAGCCUGGAUUUCAAGAUCGCAUUCAGUCUUUGAUGGAGGUCAGGAAGAAUGCAGAUAUCAUCAGUAAGGUUCCCACAGGAGAAGUGUUUUCAGAGGACUGGAAAGAUUACAAACCUGAAAAAAAACAAAAAACAAAAAAACAAAAAAACAUACUAUAAUCUAACGGUCCUGCUCAGGUUUACGGAUUUUGUUCAAGAAAAAGUAAGCUCUGCAUUCAAGUAAAACAUUAACCUUUUAUCUGCUCUUACCACAGCUAUAAACAAGUACAUUUGGUUUUGUGGUAAGAUGCUCUGCAUGCAUUUUUAUUAUACUUAAAAAUACUUCAGCUUAAAAAUGGUCUUCAUCUACAUAUAAUGUAUAAUACAUACCUGUAUGAUUUUGCCUAACAGCUUGUUACAUAGAAAUAGAAAUAAAUGAACAUCAUCUAAAAUUGAUUUAUAGUAUAUUAAAUGAACUGAAUAUGUCAUGUAUAAUAAUAUUGCUUUGGGAUGAUGUAAUUUUACUUUCAUUUACACUAGUCAUUAAUUUUGCAUGAAUAAAAAAAGCAAGCGAGUUAAUUAUUAUUGUGUGUUGUCAAUAAAGACAUUUA